CCCUACCCCACUCUCCUAACCGAGUAACCGUUGACUCGUCUGGAGUACGACUUGUUCUCCAACGACUCUCUUCAUCUUCCUUGAAAAAUCCUUCGCACAACCCUUUAAUGGCGGCUUCCUAAUCAAUCCCUAAUUUUCCAUUCUCUCUCUCUCAUUUUCUUCCAAAAUGAACUCUACCCUUCAAUCUGUUCUUGCCGCCGCUGCUAGUUUCUUCUUCAUCUCUGCUUUCUUCGCUUUCAUCUGCCUCAUCUGCAAAUCCUCCAAAAAUCGCACGCGUCGCUACAACCUCCACCAUCCCCAACACCAAACACUCGGAUUGAACGGUAUCCGAACUGUGCCCAAUCCUCACCUCUCUUCCAUAACCAUCGAUGAAAGUGCCACUUUUGACCCCAGUUUGAACCGGGUCUCCAUGGAUGAGCUAAAAAUCGCUACUAAGAAUUUCUCCGCUGACUUGAUUGUCGGCGACGGCAGUUUCGGGUUCGUAUAUAAAGCCAGUCUCUCCGACGGCGUCACCGUGGCCAUCAAGAAGCUCGACCCCAACGCCUUUCAAGGUUUUCGGGAGUUCCGAGCAGAGAUGGAAACCUUAGGUAAGCUACAACACCCAAAUAUUGUGAGAAUUCUUGGGUACUGCGUGUCCGGGCUCGAUAGGGUGUUAAUUUACGAGUUCAUUGAGAAAGGCAACCUGGACCAAUGGCUGCACUACGCGUCGCCGGGAAGCGAACAGUUAGGGAAUUUACCGUUAUCUUGGGAGACGAGGAUUAAGGUAGUGAAAGGCAUAGCAAAUGGGCUUGCAUAUCUGCACCAGUUGGAGACUCCAAUUAUACACAGAGAUAUCAAGGCCAGUAAUGUCUUAUUGGACUCGGAAUUCGAAGCCCAUAUUGCCGAUUUUGGGUUGGCACGGGCGAUCGACGGACCACAUUCGCAUGUGUCAACGCAGGUGGCCGGAACAAUGGGGUACAUGCCACCGGAGUACAAAGAGGGAGUGACAGCGGCUACGGUGAAAGCAGAUGUUUAUAGUUUUGGAAUAUUAAUGAUCGAAAUCGCGACAGGUGAAAGGCCUAAUUUGCCAAUGGUUUUAGAUGGGAAGGAGGUGGGGUUGAUAGUAUGGGCAAGGAAAAUGGUGGAGCAAAAUAGGCAUAUGGAAAUGUUGGAUUCAAAAAUGGCAAAGGAAGGGUUAAGGGAAGAAAGAGUAAAGGAAUACUUUGGAAUUGCUUCAAUGUGUACUAACGAAAUAAUGAUGGAUAGGCCACUUGCGAGUGAGGUUGUUCAUUUGUUGAAUGGGCUCGCCACAUGAGUGGGGGAUGUUGCUAUGCUAUUGCUAAUUGCUACAACUGAUGUAAAUAGCUCUUUGCAUAAGAAUGUAGGUAGAAAAAAAUAGUUGUUAGAAUUCUCAAGUGGUGAGCUCAAAAUUAUGCUUUGUUUCUUCAAGAUUAUUGUUUUUUACCAGGUGGUGUAUGAGUUUACUGAGAUUUCAAGAAUGUUUUUUUCAUCAUAAUGAGAAGAAGGUCCUAAAUGACCAUUUUAUAAA